CUCUGCUUGUUUGAGACGUCAUCAUACUUCCUUGAGCAAGGCCGGGAGCUUCUGUGCUACAUGCAGUAGGUCAGCUAUCUCUCAGUGCCCAGAACCUGCAAGGGCCCACAUGUGUCCACGUGCGCUUGAAAUAAACUGGGCUUGCCAAGCUACACGAACCACGUCAGCAGACGCAGAAGCGAGUGUCUUGGGUCUGGGUCUCGGACCGGAAGCUUUCUUUUCACUCCUUUCUAAACAACUGUCUGGAGUCUGCCUGCUGCACACCAGACUGAGGACUGCACAAUGUCAGGAAGCUACACUCCAAGGCCUGGUGGGCCCUUCUCUGCCCUGACACCCAGCAUGUGGCCACAAGAUUUACUUGCCAGAUACUGCCAGAAGGAAGAAUCUGAUGAGCCUGAAAUCCAGUAUGAUGAGUUUGGAUUCAGAAUUGAUCAAGAAGAUGAGGCUGAACCCAAUCACAGUAAGCUCCUGGGAGAGCCAUUAACAGAAGAUCCCCAACUUCGGCUAAGAUGGCAGGCCCAUCUAGAGUUUACUCACAACCACGAUGUUGGCGACUUGACCUGGGACAAGAUUGACGUGACUCUGCCUCGCUCUGAAAAGCUGCGCAACUUGGUGCUGUCUGGUGUGCCGCACAGCAUGCGACCUCAGUUAUGGAUGCGCUUGUCUGGUGCUUUGCAGAAGAAACGAAGCUCUGAGAUGCCUUACAGGGAAAUUGUUAAAAACAGCUCCAAUGAUGAAACCCCCUCAGCUAAACAGAUUGAGAAGGAUCUCUUGCGCACCAUGCCCACAAAUGCCUGCUUUUCAAAUAUGAAUAGUAUUGGGGUGCCACGUCUUCGAAGAAUAUUAAGAGGCCUGGCCUGGCUAUACCCUGACAUUGGUUAUUGUCAGGGUACUGGGAUGGUGGUUGCAAGUCUUCUGCUCUUCAUGGAAGAGGAGGACGCUUUCUGGAUGAUGAGUGCUUUAAUCGAGGACCUUGUUCCUGCCUCAUACUUCAGCACCACUUUGCUUGGAGUACAAACUGAUCAAAGGGUCCUUCGUCAGCUCAUUGUGCAGUACCUUCCCAGUCUGGAUAAACUUCUACAGGAACAUGAUAUUGAAUUGUCCCUAAUCACACUCCACUGGUUCCUGACUGCCUUUGCCAGCGUUGUCCACAUUAAACUUCUGCUACGCAUCUGGGACUUGUUCUUUUACAACGGCUCCGUGGUUUUGUUUCAGAUCACCUUGGGAAUGCUGAAGAUGAAGGAGGAGGAGUUGGUUCAAUCGGAAAACUCUGCUUCUAUUUUCAACACACUCUCAGACCUGCCUUGCCAGCUGGAUGAUCCUAAUCAGCUGCUGGGAGAAGCAAUGCGAGUAGCAGGAUCUCUAAAUGAGACGAUAAUAGAAACACAAAGGCGCAAACACCUUGCCUACAUCAUUGCUGAGCAGGCGCAAUUGACCAAUCAUCAAACAGCUGGUAACCAAACUGCCAAUCUAUCUAAGAUUGUGCGGAGGCAGAGUCAGCGUCGAAGAUCCACCAUCAGUUCCCUGUUGUUUGGGGAUGAAGACGCAGAGGCAUUGAAGGCAAAGAACAUUAAGCAAACUGAGCUGGUGGCAGACCUCCGAGAGAGCAUUGUCCAGGUGGCUAAACAUUUCCACUGCUUGGAUCCUCGCAACUUUACAUUGGAGCUAACACCAGAUUAUUCAAUGGAAAGCCACCAGAAGGAUCAUGAUAACUUUGUUGUGGUCUCGCGGAAUCGCCGCCGGAGAGCCAAGGCAUUGCUGGACUUUGAAAGGCAUGAUGACGAUGAGUUAGGUUUUCGAAAAAAUGAUAUCAUCACGAUUAUCUCGCAAAAGGAUGAGCAUUGCUGGGUUGGAGAACUUAAUGGGCUAAGAGGUGAGAAGUAUGAUACUGUUUUCUGAAAAUGUGUAAAAAUAGAUUUAUCUGCAUAUCCUAAUGCUCAAUCCUUAAAACCUAUAAAUAGAAUAAUGAAAAGAAAAA